UUGCAUGGAAUUAUUUUUGUGAUCAAUUAUAAUUAUAUGUAAUAUAUAUAUAUAUAUUUUUUUUUAAUUUCGAUCUGAUAUGAAUAAUCUCUCGAAGAAUAUUAGAAAUACAGUGGAUAAAAAAAAAAAAUGAAAUUGAUUAAAUUCCAAUGAUUUUUGUUGCUUUUGAAAAUGUGGUUUAUUUGAGCUUAGCUUGUUCAGAUUUCGAUCUCUCUCUCUCUCUCUCUCUCUUUCUAACUGAAGAAUAUCCUGAAUUAUUCACACGUUACAGUGGAACGACCGCAAUCAUUAAAAGACCAAUGUCUGGAAUCAUAUAUUCUGGAUUUAGAGGAAUAUAUUUCUACAUUGAAAUUUGCAAAAGUACCAACAAUUGAUUCAAUGGUCGUUGGUUUUGAAUUUCCAAUGACUACUUUACCCUUUGGUCUUUUGAGAUCCGACUGGACGAGAUUAUUACUACUACGUAAUGCGCAAGAGAAAGGUUCUAUUUUAAAAGAAAAAUUGGAAUUUUUAUUUAAAAUUUUAAUCAUAGCUUAUCAAAAUUUCGAACAAAGCUUGGUAUCAAGAAAAUUCUUUAAUGGAACGAACAAUAGCAUUAGCAAAAAUACUGUGGAUACAAAAUUUACGAAGUCGAGUUUUGACAUAGUAAAAUCAAGAAUAUCUUCUGAUAAUACAAAUAACAAUAUUAUUCCUGAUAAUCGUGGCGAUAUAAAUGAGAAUGAGAUUAAUGAAAAUAGAGAAAAAGAAGAGAAUGUUGAACACGUUAGUAUGGAAUACAAUACAAAUUUAAAAGGAAAUAAAGUGAUGAAUUCUAUGAAUAAUUAUAAUAAAAGUGAUGUUGUGGUUUCGCAUACGAAUUCGCAAGGAUUUACGAAAGCCGAUUAUUUGGAAAAUACAAUUAAAUCUUCCUCUACUGUACAUGUAAAUAAAUUAUUAACAAAUACAGGAAAUUAUCGAAAUAAUCAGAUAACAAAAGUUAGCAUUCGCAAUGAAUCGGACAAUGAAAAAGUUAUAACAAUACCAUUAUCAAUUUCUCUAAUGAUUAGUUUAGAUGAUGCAAAUAUAAAAGUUCCCAUGAUGUCAACGAAAAAAAUUGAGAGCUUGGAUAAUUCAACAAAUACAAUCAUGUCUGAUUAUGUGGAAACGUCUACAGAGAGAUUAAAUUCAAUUGAUUGUUCCUUAUCGACUGUUCGCACGGAAAUUUUGGAAGAAAUGGUAUCUCAGGAAACACAAAUGAAAAAAAAUUCAAACAAUAUAAAUCAUUUGAAUGAUUCCGAUGUAACAAUUAAUCGUAAUAUCAAAGAAGAUCGAGGUGUGAAUUUUACAACUAAUCCAAAUGAAGUAAAAAAAGAUGAAAAUUUCAAUGAUUCGUUUUUGACUGGCGUUGAAAAGAGUGAAAAAAUAAAUGUUUCGUUAGGAAUAACUAAGAACGAUACAAAAAAUAAUGAUAAUUUUGCAAAUAUUAACGAGACAAAUAAAAGUGAUAGAAGUUUUGAUUCUUCAACGUUUCAACAUUUGAAUUCCAAAUUAAUUUUGCCUGCGGAUUUGGAAAAAUUGAGAAGCACAGUGGAAAUUGUUUAUACUAUGAAAUCUCAGGAUAAAAAGAAUUCUAUGGAAAGUAGGGUAAAUAAUGUAACGAAUUAUGAAGAUAAUACGCGAGCGACUAUUUCAAAGAUGUUACCGAUUUUGAAAAGUGAUAAUUCGACACAUCCGUCGAAUGUAGCAACAACAAAUUCGAUGGAUUACUUCGAUCCAUCAACGAGCAGUAUUUACGAUGUUUUCACUCAGAAGACAGAUUCCUCUAUCGACAGAUUUCAUCAUAAGGUCGGAGAUAAACUGAAAAAGCUUCCGGUUUUCCGAGAACAACCUCCAGGACAUGUUACGAAGGAUCAUAAAGCGAACGUAGAACUUUCUUCGCUUGUUUCAAAGACUAUUACCUUCCUGACAGACUCGAUAACGGAAACAAAUAGAUUUAAGGAAUAUCCCUCGAAUCCUCUGAAACGUGACCGUAUUAAUAAUCCCGAUAUCGAAAAGGAUUUUAGAUUAUUUUACAAUUACGGAGGAAGAUUGCCGGAAAAAAUUAGAAAAUAUAACAGAAAUAUAUUGGAUUCUAUUCGUAUUAAAUGUAAAAACGAAUGUACGUAAUAUGAUAACAGGAAUAUUAUUCUUCUGACUGUAUAAAAUAUUAUAUAAAUAUGCAUAUACUGUAUCAAUUGAAAUAAGGAAAGGAAAAAUGAAAUGUUAUUAUUACGAUUAGGUUAUAUCUAUUUAUUUGAUUUGAAAAUAUUUGGAGUUAUUCGACAAGUGGACUGUUUUAAGGAAUUAAAGCCUUUGCGACCAAUAUCGUCUCAAUACAUUGCAUUUGCACCUAACCUGGUGCAACGACCGGACACUUACCGAUUCUUAUCAGCGAUUUCGCGGACGGUCCAUAAAUUCAUGGCCCGGAACCGACUGAUAUUUACGAGCUCCGCACCUGGUAACGUCCGUCAUGUUUUACGAGCCCUCGUAAACGAAUCCUCUUAUUAUCUGACCCGAUCUCCUGUGUAAACUCUUUCGCGUGGCUUCGGCUUUGAAAUUUUACGGGACGACUUUUAGGAUGGUCUGGUCAGUUUUAUUAAAGGACAAUAUGGUAUUUUUUUUUUUACUGUCGAUAUGACAUCUCCCUGAGUUAUUAUAGAACUAUAGAUAUCAUUAUUUUAUUCCAACGAAACCUACCCAAUGUAGCUGCCUCAUUUUAUAAAUAAUGCCAGCUUUUUUUC